CUUCUCGCACUUCUGAUUGCUCGGAGGCCAGCCCCGUGGCUCUCCACCAUCCUGGGUUCCGUCUGCGCUAGGUCCUUAAUGGGACAUGCUCGGCAGCGAGCUCCUCGAUUUGUUUCUCCGCCAGCUCCCACUCCUGCCAUUGACCGUCUCCUGCGACCGUCUGUCGCACCGGGCUGCCUGGCAGGUCUCGUCCACACCGGCUUCUUUGUGCACUUUCGGAGACGCCAUCUCCCUGGGGCCGCAAAUCGCAGACGCUGCCUUGCCAAUCCUUAACCUUGCUGGCCUGCCGAAACCCGUCCCCUACCCUGGACCGAGCUUUCGUUUUUCGUCCUCCCCACUUCGCCCACCCCAGGCCGCGAACGCGCAACACAGACCACAUCCUGUUGCUGCCCAACAAGGUAACGAACUGGUUUCUGUUCGUCUCGGUCUCAACAGCCUUUCCCGUGGAGGGCCGACUGUCAGAAAGCUGAUAGGGGCUCCGGCAGAACAAGUCAGCGGCUUUUCCGAUACACACGCCCAUCCUCCCCACCCCCACACUCCUUCACAGACCGCUUCGUGCCGAGUGCGCUUGCUGGGGUUUUCAUCAUCCUCGCGCGUCGCAAGCGUUAUCUGAGGCUCACAGUCACGGGGUCUGACAACUUUCCUGCUUGGCUGUCCCCCAAGCGUGGGCUUCCUCCCCGCUUGUGCUCCAGCCUCCAUGCUACCGCGGC